AUGGGUAAGACGGAAGAAAUUGUUCUGAAACAUCCGUGUCUGGCCGACAGACAGUGUCGCGUCUCCUCGGGACGGGAGGGAGGGGCCCGAAAUGAGCACUAUCCAGUAUCCACGUCAUCGGCCGCCACGGCCGCCGUCUCUCAGUUGCACGUCUCAGUUCAGCCAACCGCCGGUCACGCUGUCUGGGGAUCGACCGGGGCACCAGUGGACGCCGCCCCCGGCUGUCUGCAUCUCCAUGGCAACAGGCGGCCGCAGCAGGUGCCGGCGCCGUUUCGUCGAGCGGCGGACCGGACCUGGGGGAGGCCUGGACCUCCGGUCGGCCAUCAUCACAGGGUCCAGAGCACGCCGGGUCCGCUGGUCCGCCAUUUCGCCGGUUUGGCCGCGUUCCAUGCCGGCUGCGUGGCCGGAUCGGCAGGGCGCACUGCCUUCUGCGCAUGCGUGGCCGCUCACCGGCCGCCGUGCUCGGCGUCGGCGGGCGCCUUUUUCUCGCCGGUUGUCCUGGCGGCGCUCAAACGGCGAUGGCCGCCGUUACCGGCCUCGGCUCUGGGCCAAUGGGCGUCCGGCUGCGGUGGGGAGACUGCCAGAGGCGGUGCCCGUCCGACCCCGUCUGGUCUGGCCGGCCCGUACCCCGGUCUCUAUCGCCGUUGCUCGGCACCCGAACCGACCGCCGAGCUGGGCCGCGGCGGCGGCGGCGUCUGCCCAAAUCGCCCGCCCGACCAGCACCUGGCCACAGGCGUCUUCAGGAAGGGUGCGCUGCAACUGUCUGCCGCCGACGGCCGCCGCCGCUGGUGCGCCACCUCUGUCGAAGAGCCGACCGGCCGACCGGAGCAGCGGCGAACGGCGACCUGGAGACCGAGUGCUCGCGACGAAUGUGAGUUCACGCUCAGUGUUCAACAGUGCAGUGUUAAAGUGGUUCGGGUAUUUGUGAUGACUGCAAACAGAAGUGGAGCUUGACCAGGUAGGUCCCCUCGGGUGAUUGCCGACACCCGGGGCGGUAUUUUCUAUCUGAGGACAGUCUGUCGAGGCCUUGGAAUCGUUACGCGGGUUUGCCCACUUGAAGUUUGUUUUCUGAUUCGACACCGGCGGUGCCGUGGUGUGGUUGGCUGGCCAGACGUCUGCGCUGCUAUCACCCUGUGAUGUCACAGUUUGCCGAUGAGUAACGGACGCCUCUCUACAAUAUGGCGGCCGGCGCUCGCAGACGGCCAUCUUGUAUCGACAGAUUUUUGGCGGACAAGCGAAGUAAAGGAUAUCAGUGUAAAGUGACACAUCGGUUGCUCUUAUGGCAUAUUGGUUGUUAUGAAAGGAGCUGGAAACACAGAAAUUCCAAUCCUAGUGGAAGCAUUAUUUUCUUCAGAAGCGACGUUGUGACUAUUUUCAGAAGCAAUCAUCUCAAGUCAUAUAUCAAUCUGAAUUGAGAUUAGGGUAACUGUGGGGAAAACGCACCCCUGGGUUAAACGCCUCCCCUAAAAAAAUCGUAUUUCUUAUCGACGGAUAGGUGUUUUAUCCUAUCUUUCAGAACAGUCAGCUGCUUGUUUACGUAGGUCUCUAUUUCCGGUUCUGCGUCUUAAGGAGCAGCGUGGGUAGGUGCUGAUGUUGGUUUUGGGUGUUGUUUUUGUUGUUUUUACAGAAGAUUCCUAAGAUUUUGAUGCCCUCUUUAUAUCACAAAAUUUGCUAUUGUGCACGUCACUAAAAACUGCGUUUUAUUGCCAUUCUGUUGAAUUUAUUAUGCUACGGCGUUAGUGACGCGUUUUUUGUCAAUAUUGUGUUGACCGGAAAGGGAGUGGAUGGGGAAAGACGCCUACUCGAUGCAUGGGGCAAGACGCCCCCAGUUUUCUGAAAGGGGGGCGUUUUGCACGGUGGUGAGAGUGCAGGGUAGCGCCCUGUAGGUGGGUGCCGAAAAGGCCUCUCCCCGUCAUUUUUUGCUGAUAUAUCCUAAACGACUGCAGAUAUCGUCACCAAACUUUCAGGACUACUCCGGGCAUCCAUUUUACACAUUGCAACAAAAUUUUAUUCCAAAGGCUAUGAUAGGUUGAUCACAAAUGACUUCAGAAUGACGUCAAGUUCUGCCAUGUUCAUCAUUUUCUAUUGCUGGAUGGGGUGGGGGCGCUUUGCACAUGGGUGUGGGCGUAUUACCCAGGGUGUGGGGCAAAACGCCCUUUUGUAAGGGUAUGCGAAAACCUUUUUGGGGGGGUUAAAUACCACACGCAGGUGUCUUUUCUUGGUCUCAAAGCGUAGUAAAAAGAAUGAGCUACAUGAUGGUGCCCAAAGGUUUGAGUAAUCUGUGUUGGGUUGAGUGUCAGAAGGUUUCGCGCUUAAUGGGGGCGUUUUUGACCUAUUCACCCUAAUGAUUUAAGAGUAUUGCUACGCAAGGUUUAGGUACUCAGGUGCACGUAAACCUGGCUAAAAACGUUUUUGACCCUCCUUUUGCUCUACGAUUAUUGGGUGAUGUCUAACCGGACAAGAACAGCCAGAGUUUGUUUCGUACCUACUACAGCUGACUUAUGUAUUCGUCUGAUUAAAUUAAUCGGAGAUCUGCUCCUUGCAGAUCUGGAUCUCAGAUUCAAUGAGAUCAUAGAUGCUUCAUCGGUCGAGAGAUCAUAAGUUGAUCCCCGUUUGUGUAAGAGUUACAGAGCAAUAUGCUAGGGUAGCCUGGGGCAAGACGCCCCAGAUAAUUUGUUUUGCUACAUAAAUUUUGUCCCACAUCACCUGGAAGGCCAAAUUUGUGCUCAAUGC